CUCCGGCCCGCCCGUCGCAGCUGUGACGGCAGAGCCGCGCGCCGGGGUGCGGGACUUGGCGCGAAGGCGGGAGGCAUGGACCCGGAGCUGCCCCGCUAGAGACCAGCCGCCGCCAGCAGCAUGGAUAUCCGGAAAUUCUUUGGCGUUGUAACUCCUGGAAAGCGACAAGAAUGUGAGACAGUGAAAAAGAGUGCGAAAAUUAAAAAUGGCGAAGGACCCUCAAGGGGGAAGAAGAGGGAAGAGGAGACUAAGGUGAAUAAUUCACCCAGUGAAGAUGAUGAUUCCAAACAAAAGCGGGCCAAAAAGAAAAAAAGAAUAAUCUACGAUUCAGAUUCAGAAGAGGAGGUGCAGUCAGUGAAAAAAUCCAAGAAGGAAUCUGAGAAAAAAGCAGCUACUUCAAAACGUGAUAAAGUUCUAAAGCAGGAUCCUGUUGUUUAUAUUUCAGAGACAGAUGAAGAAGAUGACUUUGUCAAUAAAAGAAUUUCUCUGAAGCCAAAGGAGAAUGGGACAUCAGCGAUCAAUUGUCCAGGAACAGCUACAGUGAAAAAGGAAGAUGUAAAACCACGAGCUAAAAGCAAACCAUUAUCUCCAGUGAAACAGACUCCCACCUCAGCACUUGAUUACUUUGGGACAAGUAGUGUCCAGCGAUCAGAAAAGAAACUAGUAGCAAGUAAAAGGAAAGAACCUUCACAAAGCAGAGACAGUACACUAAAUGAUGAGGCCAUUGCUAGGCAACUGCAGCUUGAAGAAGACUCAGAGCUGGAGAGACAGCUGCAUGAAGAUGAAGAAUUUGCUAGAACUUUGGCCAUGUUGGAUGAAACACCACAGAAGAAAAAGGCUCGGAAAGAUUCAGGAGGAGGGCAAACAGUGUUGAGCAUCAAGAGCAGUCCUAAUGUGACAGAAAAAUAUAAGCAAUUGGACAGAGUGAAAGCAACAACCUCCAUGGGUGAAGCAGAAAAUUACGCUGUGAAGCAGCAAACUAAAUCCGAACAUUCAAAAGGCUCACAUUUUUCCCCACAGUCAUCUGAUGGUAGAAUAGCAAGAGAGUUGACAGAUAAGACCUUGCCUUUGAAACCUAGCUCUAGGCUUGCAUCUCUGAAACAAAAAGAAGAGAUUGCUGAAAAGCAAAGAGGUGCUCAAAGUUCAAUAUCAAAAGAAAAAACUGCUUCAAGGAAAGAAGAGAAGACAACACCAAAGAAGCAGAAAAUUUCUCCCAAGAAGGCUGAGUCUGUAAGUCCUGAGGACUCUGAAAAGAAGCGAAUCAAUUACCAAGCCUACCGAAGCUUCCUUAAUCGCGAGGGUCCAAGAGCACUGGGCUCCAAAGAGAUACCGCAGGGAGCUGAAAACUGCUUGGAAGGCCUGACAUUCGUAAUUACAGGUGUUCUGGAGUGUAUUGAGAGAGACGAGGCCAAGUCUCUGAUUGAACGUUAUGGAGGAAAAGUCACUGGCAAUGUCAGCAAGAAGACAAACUAUCUGGUUAUGGGGCGAGACUGUGGCCAAGCUAAAUGCGAAAAGGCAUCAACUUUAGGGACAAAAAUUGUUGAUGAGGAUGGCCUGUUUGAUCUUAUUCGAACUAUGCCAGGCAAAAAGUCCAAAUAUGAGCUGGCGGCUGAAGCAGAGGCAAAGAAAGCGGAGUCAAGACCUAAAAAGACACCACAGAAAGCUGAAGCUGGAAAGAGGAAUUUUAGCCCCAUCAAAAGGGAAACUGAUAAUAAAAAAUACAAGUCUACUCCUGAAAAAGGAGAUACCGUCAAACCUGCCAGGAAAGAAACCACUGCUGUGCGAAAACUUACGGACUUUAAAAGGCGCACUGAAGACAAGAAAGAAGCCCCCUGUCUGAAGGAGAACUUAGUUUCUGAGAUUAAUGAAGAUGGGACAGGGACAUUGCUAUGGGUGGAUAAAUACAAGCCUGUAUCUCUUAAGGCAGUAAUUGGACAGCAGGGUGAGCAAAGCUGUGCAAAUAAACUGCUCCGGUGGCUCAGAAACUGGCACAAGAAUACUGCGGAAGAUGAACAAGCAAAGAACAGUAAAACCGGAGGCAAAGAUGAUGGUACUGGUUUUAAAGCAGCAUUACUUUCUGGUCCACCUGGCGUUGGUAAAACUACUACAGCUUCUUUGGUUUGUAAGGAACUGGGGUAUAGCUAUGUGGAACUGAAUGCCAGUGACACUCGCAGUAAGAACAGUCUGAAGGAAGUAGUUGCUGAAUCACUUAACAACACCAGCAUCAAAGACUUCUAUUCUGGCACAUCCUCAUCAGUUAGCGGGAAACAUGUAUUGAUCAUGGAUGAAGUGGAUGGUAUGGCAGGCAAUGAAGACAGAGGAGGGAUUCAGGAGCUGAUCGGUUUGAUUAGACACACAAAGGUCCCCAUCAUCUGUAUGUGUAAUGAUCGCAACCAUCCUAAAAUUCGUUCCUUGGUCCACUACUGUUUUGAUCUUCGUUUUCAGAGACCUCGUCUAGAACAGAUAAAGGGUGCCAUGAUGUCUAUAGCAUUUAAAGAAGGCUUAAAAAUUCCACCACCUGCUAUGCAAGAGAUAAUCCUGGCAGCAAAUCAGGACAUCAGACAGGUUUUACAUAAUCUUAAUAUGUGGUGUGCAAAAGAUAAAUCAUUGACUUACGAUGAGGCUAAAACUGAUGCCAGCAGAGCCAAGAAGGAUAUCAAACUGGGCCCUUUUGACGUUGUCCGGAAGGUUUUUGCUGCUGGAGGCGAGGCUUCUCGUAUGUCUCUCAUAGACAAAUUGGAUCUUUUCUUCCAUGAUUAUUCCCUAGCACCUCUUUUUGUCCAAGAGAACUAUGUACAUGUGAAACCGGCUGCUGCUGGAGGAAAUCUGAAAAAGCACUUGGUGCUCUUGAGUAGAGCAGCUGAUAGUAUCUGUGAUGGUGAUAUAGUGGACAGACAGAUUCGUAGCAAGCAAAACUGGAAUCUUCUUCCAACACAGGCUAUUUAUGCCAGUGUUCUCCCAGGGGAGCUGAUGAGAGGUUCCAUGUCCCAGUUUCCUGUCUUUCCCAGCUGGCUGGGGAAAUUUUCAUCCACGGGUAAACACGAUCGUAUCAUUCAAGAACUGGGAAUGCACAUGAGUCUCAGAACCCAGACGGGCAAGAGGACAGUAAAUAUGGAGUAUUUGUCAUAUUUGCGAGAUGCGCUUGUCCAGCCCUUGAAAGACUUUGGAGCAGAUGGUGUGCAGCAAGCUAUAACCUUCAUGGACUCUUACUGCUUGAUGAAAGAAGAUAUUGAAAAUAUCAUGGAAAUAAGCAUGUGGGGAGGCAAACUCAGUCCCUUCUCAAAGCUGGAUCCCAAGGUCAAAGCAGCCUUUACACGUGCUUACAACAGAGAGGCACAUCUGACUCCAUAUUCACUUAAUUCUGUCAAGACAUCUAGAAGGCAGUCGGGAUCUGUGUCCACCUUAGAAAUGAAUGAAGACUUGAAUGUGGAAGAGAUCCAAUCUGAUGAGGAUGACCCAGAUACUGUUGACAGUGAUGCAAUGAUUAAGCAAAAAAAGGUGAAGCAGUCUUCCAAGCUGCCAAAAAGAGAGAAAAAUGAAGAAACGACAAAAAAAGAAGGGAAAAGAAAAGAGAAAACAAGACAUUAAACAGUAUAAAAUCUUGCUCUGGAUGCAGUUUUGUUUAUCUGACUUGUGGCAGGACCAUGACACGUAUCCAGUGCUGGAGCUGGGAAGGUACAACCCAUGUGUUGAAAAUGCUCCUCUUAUAGAGGUGAUGUAACUACCGUACUCUGGCACUGUGCUGUGUGGUACUCACUCCUAACAUGCUUCAACAUUACAAGCUAUAUAAAAAGCCUGUGCAGCAGACACUGGGGUGCAUGAACAGGACAAAACCGCGACCCUUAGUUAUGCGGCAUCUAUGCUGAGUCUUCCCUAGGACUUCUCUACCUUUGUUUGUUGUUGGUUUUUUUAAUAACAAAUCCCCUGAUGUUAUGUGGGGAACUCUUGUAAAUGAUGCAACACCCCAGCACUCCUCCCCCCCCAAUGGUGUAUUUGUACAUUAUAGAAAUUAAGCAGAGUAUAAAAUGACAAUAAAAUGUUUCACGGGAGUCUUUUAAAGCUUUGGUUAAGUUCAUGGAGCGUUCUGUCUUGCCCACUCUUUUCUUCAGGGUUUUGGCUUUCCUUCACAUACAGGAUGUGGUGUUCUUCUCCUACGACUUCCCUUUGUUCAGUUAGAAGCACAGAAAAGCAGUGAGGGAUUUAGUUCCAAAACAGGAGGAGCCUAUGCUUGUAUGAGUUGUAUCUUUAAUCACAACCAGAAAAGAAUACUUAAAGUAAGAAAUGUUUAAUAGAAAAUAGUCAUAAAAGUUCAGUUCAGAGCUGAUGUUGAAGAGAGAACACUUGGGGGUUUUGCCACUCACAUACCACAGAAUGCUCCUUGGUUUGUCUCUGGUGCAGAUAAAAUGCAAAUUUGGCUUGGUAAGAAUUAUUAUCAAUUUUAUUACUAUAACAAAUCAAAGUACAAAAUUUAUCAAAAGCUAAAUAUUUACAGGCUAUCACAAAAUAAAGUGACAUGUGGUUGCUACUAAAUUCUAGUAGGGAAGAGAUGUGUGAUGCAGUGAUGGAGCUUUCCUUGUUGCUUGCCAGACAACACAUGUAGUUCUGAAAGAAAACAGAGGUGAUCGGUCAGACUGUGAUAGCAAACAACAGUUUUCUUAGACUCGGGGGAGGAGUUUAUUAUUGUGUAUAUAAUUUGUAGUAUCACUUGUGCAUUACUUUGGCUAAGUUUUCACACACUGUGUUUGCCUUCAAGUGUUAAAAUUAAUGAGGAAUUUCUUUAACUCCUUUUCAGUUACCAUUUCUUUAACUAAAAGUGCAGCCUUGGAUCAAAGUGUGUGGUAUAUACAGAGCAGUGGUGUCAUUUUUCAUUCUCUGAAAUACAAGUAUUUCCAGGCAAUACUGUGUUGCUGUUACCCUGUGAUUAUAUUCUUAUAUUGUUAAACACAGAAGCUGAGAUCAUGUAACCUGCAUUUUAGAUUUGCUCCUUCCAGUUAGCAUCUCUUCCUACACUUAAACACUUGUCUGUAGCUCUGCAGAAGGAUUUGAUGCUGCCGAGAUCUCCAGACUCUUCUCCCUGCUGCUAAAGCCCAGCUGGUAUUCAGGACAAACACGCCACAGAUGAUAACAUGAUCACAGAGGUAAAGUGGUUUAAAGCCUCAGAACUGGAAUGAUUUAACAACCAGGUUAGUUGCAGUAGCAAAACCUGCUGGUGUUUGUAUGUCUGAGGGCAAGUAGGCGAUACAGCUGGGUCUCUGGUAUCCAAGGCACAGACCCAGGCUGUAAGUUAGAUCCCUAAACAUUGUAUUUCCCUUGCUGAAACACUCCCCAUGCCCUCUAGAAUGAGCCCUGUUAAGUAUAAAAAAGUACAGGCUCUAGCACAUACCUGAAUUUAUUGGUCCCCAUCUUCUGGUGUGAGGUACUGUGUACAAUCAUUUAUUUUCUUAAGAUGAGCAACAUCAAUCCUUUCAGAACACAUUGGACAUGUGUUUUCAGUCUCUAACAUGCUGUUUCAAAAGAAGGGUGAUGGGUCAGAUGAGAAUUCUAACAUUUUUCAAAGGAAGAGCUGGGCCUGAGGCAGAAAGCACAGAGCAGAGUUCUGGCCUGUGCUAUGUAACAACUACAGGCCAGAGCAAUAACAAUUAGAACAACAGAGAAGCCUGGGCUAGAACAUGAAGUUUCUGCAGCUUCACAGUUCUGGCAUCUGAACAAGAGCUAUCCUGUCCCAUUCCCCCAUGGGUGAUUAUGAGGGAUGAGAGGUUGUUGGUGCCUUAGUUUGCACCAGUACUGUGUAUAUUUGGUUUGGUUUUGGUGACUGCUGCUGUGCCUAUGUUCCCCCUUCCCCACAUCAGGUUCUCUUCCUGGCAGAAGCUGAGAACUUGCGCAAGCGCGUCCAUCUCUGGUAGAAUUCUUUACUGCAGUUCUUGGUCCACUUUGAAAUGAUGUUCUCUAUGUUACGUGAAACUACGAAGUAAAGGGAUGCCUCUUCCACCCCAACCCAGCUAUUAUGUGUUUUUAGUACCAAAUGAGGCAGUUUGCUGCUAAAAUAAGACCAAACGUUGGAGUCCUGCAGUAGAAAAAAAAAAAUAUCUCAACUUACUUUUUGAAUUCUGAAUAGAGGGCAGGGAAGUGACAGUGCGGGCACACUGUCCAGUCAUCUCGGACCAUGUGGCGACCCUGCAGGCAAAAGCCACAAGUAAUUAAAAGGCACUGGCUGCCCUAGCACCUGGGCAUUUAGUUUUGUACCCGUUACUGUGGAAAAGUCUCAGCAACCGAGUUCUAAAUAUCUUGAGGAGUUAAAACCCCAAAUGAUGUUAGUGGUGUUGGAUUCCUGUGUAAAGUCUGUAAUGAGAAAGCAGCUCUCGGUGAGAUGGUGUUCUCACGGUAAUCUGCAUUCCUCUCAAAAAAAAAAAAAAGAAAUCUAGGAGUGUGUUGAAUCACAACUUCUAAAAUUAUUUGUUUAGCAAUUCUAGAAUGUCACCUGUAGAUCUGUGUCUAAAGUUGCACAGAAAUUACUGGGAUUCCUGGUGUUGCAUAUGAUGAAAGCCCUGCAGCUGCAUCACCUGAGCCCAGGAGGUCAUUUUUAGCAGUCACAGUUGUGAGCAGAGCGAGUGCCUGGUACUUGCCUCUUCAAGCAGCCAUGAUUCCUUGUCUGGGGUAUGGUUUACUGAUUUGCUUUUGAUAGAAAGAAUUCAUAUGUACCUUUUCAAUACUAUAGAAACACAACUGCACCUUAAACUGUAUGUAGAGAUUUAUGCUCUAGUACAAUAUGCAAUGUAGACUGUUGACACUGACUCUCAUAACAUGUUUGAAAAUGCUGCAUUCCUAAUGAUGUUACCAAUACCUGUGAUGCUAAUGAGCUAUAAUAACCAAGCUGGAGCCUAAAUAAAUGGUGUGAAAUACAGAUGAAUAUGUACAUCAUUUGGCUCAUAAAGCUGUGUUUAAAAGCCUUGAAUUUUUUCCUGAAGAUAAUACUUCUAAAAUAUACUGGUUAUCUUAUUCUGCUAAAACAAGAGUAAUGAAAAAUAGAUAAUUGCUCCUGCUCUUUCUUUUUGUAAGACUUAAUUCCUUAGUUUUAAUAAAGAAUGUUAACUCCAA